AUGGCUACCCAAGUCUUAACCCCGCUCAACGACCUCGAAACAUCCUUCACCAACCUCCUAACUUCCCUAACCACAACACCAACCUACUCUGCUGCCCCCUCCGCUACCCAAUCCCUCCUCGCUGCCGACACCUCUCUGACCAGCGCCCUUGAAGCCCUCUAUAAGCACCAGCAGAACUACAGCCGAAUCUUACAGCUCCGCGCCGAAGCCAGCAGGUUGGAAGUGCAGAUCAAAAGCACGAUAAGGACAUGUGUCGAUCUACGAAAAGAGAUUGGGGAUAUUCACCCUAGUAUCCUCUCACAUUCUGAUUGGGAUGACGAGAACGAUCCCGAAGCCGAGAACAAGAGAGAUGUGGAUUAUCACACCCUAUUAUCGUUUGCGUCCAAGAUCGGAAAACACAACACCGCUGCCGCGAAGGAGGCGGAGGAGGAAUCCACCCGCCGCCUCAUCGAAGCAAGGAAAGGACAAGAUAAAUCUACUGCGAGUGCCGCCGCUCCCCAGACGAAUGGCACUACACACACAGCUACCGCACCAGGGGCAACGGGAACAGGAACGGAAGCCGGUACAUCUACGGCUGCUGGCAAUGUGAAUGGGGAAAUCACAUCUCAGACUCUGAAUCUGAUACCCCAACACGAACGGGAAUGGUUGGAUGCCGAAGCGGCGAUGGCAAGAGCGAGAUCCGGAAUGGCGUUCCCUGCGGCAGAGAAUUUGAGGAAGGGUGCUCUUGGACGAUUGCAGUGGAUCCGGGAACAAGGCGGAGAGGAAGCGGUGGACAAGGAGAUUGAAAGCUUGAUUGGGGGUGGGAAGGAAGGGAAUAUCGUGAAAGAGGCUGGAGAGGAUGAGGAUGUCGUUGUAAAGGAGGAGGUGGUGGAGACAGCAGCAGCAGCAGGGAGGCAAGGGGUGGGUGUUGGGCUGCCGAGCCGACCGCAGCAGCAGCAACAGCAGCAGCGAGCUGCAAAGGAACCCGAGAGGAAGAAGAGCCUGGCGCUGGAUCUGGACAUGUGGAAAAGUGAUGACGAUGAUGAUUAG